AUGAAUUUCGCAGACUGUUUUAUCGAAUCAAUAGAAAAACAGACACCAUCAAGCGAAUCUCUUGAGUUUCUUGCAAAAUUUAUGGAAGAGAAUCCAAUGGAAUACCUAACAAACCUUUUUUCAUUAAUUAACUCAGAAGAAACAAGCGACAAAAUCAAAAUUAGCGCAAUCAAAUCAAUAGCUGUGCCAAUUAAAUCGUUUCGUCGUGAACCUAUUAGAGAUUCACCAGAAUUUGAUAAUUUAAUUGAUCAAAUCUACACUACACUUGAACCAUUCUUACAAAGAAAUGACAAUAUUGGCAAAACAUGUCGUGAAUCUCUUAUUGCAUGCUUCAAAGCUGCUUAUAACCUGAAAUUAGAGUCAUUUCUUGGAAAAAUUUUUCAAACAUUCAACGAAAACACCGAUUUACCUAUCAUGUUAAGUAUCAUAUUGGAUAUUAUAAAGAACACCUACUCAGUAUUACCAGAUUCAUCAAUAGAAUUCUUUUAUAAUAUACUUCAAAAACAUAAUGAUGAAAAUAUCAUAAAAAUUUGCCUUGAAAUACUUUGUCAUACUGAAUAUAAGUUUAAUUCAGUAAACAAUGAAAAUGAUUCUUUAUUAAUUGAAAUUAUUAGAAAUUUCGUCAAGACCAAUCCUAAAGAAAUUAGUUUAAUUAUCAAUAAAUUUGGGAAGAGAACACUUUCUGAAGCAAUUCCAGAUAUUUUCCAAUUAGUUUCAGAAUUAUUUUUUGAAGAUAAAUUUUAUUUGCCAUAUAUCAGAGUUAUGAUGAAUUUUAAGGAAGAAUUAUACACUCAGCUUGACAUUGAAGAGAUUUACAGAAGAAUACUUCCAACUUUACUUGAAGAAUAUGACUUUGAUGGUUUUACCCAUCCAGUAAUGAUCAAUCAUGAUUAUUUUUUCAAAAUCAACAAUAA